UUGUUAUUUACCCUAUCCGCAAGUCAAGCUUCGCAACAAAAAUAUCUAACAAAAUAUUUUGCCGCCAGACCGAGUGUUUAGGGCGCAUGCGUCAUAACAAAACGACCCGCAGUAAAACGACGGGUCACGUGACUCGACGCGGCAUUCGCUCGACGCUCUUCGGCAGUUGUCGGCGAAUCUGCCCGUUGAGCGGGUGUGUCCACGCGCGUCGGAACGAAACUAUCACAUAAAUGUCAAAUGAAACAAUUUCGAAAUAACACAGUGACAUGUGCUUGAUUAUAACCUAAACAUUAAUUGUAACAUUCGUUUAUCAGUGCCCGGUAGUGUAAAUCUAUGUAUUAGUCGUUUUUAAUCUCUGAUUUUGAGUAGCGAAAUUUAUUACCCCGGCUCUAUUCGUGAUUGUGUUUUCGCUAGCUACUAAACAUUUCUGGCGGCUCGGUUUUGCUUUAACAUAGAUGACUGUACUUAUUGGAAACUGUUUUCUAGUGUCUCGUGUUUAUUAGAAUAAUAAUAUUGUUUGCCGAUGUGAUUAUACAUGAUGGACCGCGUGAGUGGCGUGUGUAGGUUUGGAGGAGUGAUGUCGGCAGUAAGAACUAGAACAGGUCGUAGCAAGCGUCGCCUGACGGGUCAGAAUCAGAUGCCGGAGGACCUGCCAGAGCCGCCGCGCCGAGGUCUAGGCGCUAUUCUGGUUCUCGCCUGCAUUCUCGUUUACCACAAUUGUUUGUACUGCGGUUUCGUCUUCGAUGACAUAAGUGCCAUAAAAGAAAACAGAGACUUGAGACCACAGACUCCAAUUUCAAAUAUAUUCCUCAACGAUUUUUGGGGAACUCCUAUACAUAAGGAACAAUCUCACAAGUCGUAUCGUCCGCUGACGGUCCUGACGUUUCGAUGGAACUACGCCAUCCACGGGCUGCAGCCGGCUGGCUACCACCUCGUCAACUUACUACUGCACGCUUUAGUGUCACUGCUGUACUACAGGGUGUGCGCCAUGUUCCUGCCGGAGUUUGCCAGUUUUGUUGCCGCCAUCUUGUUCGCCGUACAUCCUAUUCAUACUGAGGCGGUGACAGGAGUGGUGGGUCGUGCCGAAAUGUUAUCAUCUCUAUUCUUCCUCGGCGCGCUGCUGUGCUACGCGCGUGCUUCUCAACGAAGAAGAUAUACGGACUGGCGUUACGUAGUGGCGUGCACUGCAUGCGUCGGUGUUGCAAUGCUGUGUAAAGAGCAAGGCAUCACCGUGACCGGAGUCUGCGUCGUCUAUGAACUGUUUGUCGCUCAAAAACGUCGGAGUUCAGGCGGAGUUAGUCGCUGGUCUUGGGUGGACGCGUGGGGUAAGGGCUCCGGUUGGGGCUGUGCGUGCGGUGAGGCAGCACGUAGGGUUGCCACGGUAUGCUGCGCGACCCUAGCCCUGCUGGCCGCCCGGUUGCAUGUCAUGGGCGCGCAGCUGCCAGUCUUCACAAGGUUCGACAACCCUGCGGGAGCGGCACCGCCCCCUACCAGACACCUCACAUUCGCCUACCUACCUGCUCUGAAUGCGUGGCUCCUGACUCUGCCCGAGGCGUUAUGCUGUGACUGGACGAUGGGGACCGUCGCCCUCCUCAAAUGCUGGAGAGACCCUCGGAAUCUUGCCACACUGGCGCUGGUCAUCGUACUCGUUGCUGCCACUAUACACGCCUUGAGGACAAGAUCUUCGGCUCUUUCUAUGGGUCUUGCUCUACUAGUUCUACCAUUUCUACCAGCCUCAAACUUAUUCUUCCCUGUGGGUUUCGUGGUCGCCGAGCGAGUUCUUUACAUGCCCUCCAUGGGCUGGUGCCUGUUAGUUGCCCACGGUUGGCGACUCUUGGCCAAGAAACGAGCCAAACUUGCUGCUAGCUUACUCAUAUUCCUCCUCCUAGCGUUCAGUGCUAAAACUUACAUGAGGAAUUGGGAUUGGAAGACUGAAUAUUCAAUAUUUGCAUCAGGACUGAAAGUUAAUCGUAACAACGCCAAACUAUAUAAUAACGUGGGUCACGCCUUAGAAGCGGAUGGGAAAUACGCGGAGGCGUUAGAAUUCUUCAACACAGCCGUCAGUGUGCAACCGGAUGACGUCGGCGCCCACAUCAACGUGGGCCGGACAUACAACCACUUAGGACUGUACCAGGAGGCCGAGGAUGCCUACGUAAAGGCCAAGUCUUUACUCCCGAAGGCCAAACCAGGAGAAUCAUACCAAGCGAGAAUAGCACCCAACCACUUAAACGUAUUCCUCAAUCUUGCCAAUUUAAUAUCCAAAAACGCCACAAGACUGGAAGAAGCUGACAUGUUGUACAGACAAGCGAUCAGCAUGAGAUCUGAUUAUACUCAGGCUUACAUAAAUAGGGGAGAUAUUUUAAUCAAGUUAAAUAGAACAAAGGAAGCGCAGGAGGUUUACGAAAGGGCUUUACUGUAUGACAGUGGAAACCCAGACAUUUACUAUAACCUCGGAGUGGUGCUUCUAGAACAAGGCAAGCCAUCCCAAGCGCUGGCCUAUUUAGACAAAGCGUUGGAGCUAGAGCCAGAACAUGAACAGGCGCUUCUGAAUUCUGCUAUUCUUCUCCAAGAGUUAGGAGCGGCUGAUUUAAGGCAUUUAGCCAGGCAGCGUCUCCUCAAACUUCUUGAUAAAGAUGCAACUAAUGAACGUGUUCACUUCAACCUCGGCAUGGUGUGCAUGGACGAAGGCGACGCAGAAUGCGCAGAGCGAUGGUUCAGGGCUGCAGUACAUCUCAAGCCUGACUUCCGAUCAGCGCUGUUCAACCUUGCGCUUUUGCUCGCUGACAGACGGAGGCCGUUAGAAGCGGCGCCGUUCUUAAAGCAGCUCGUCCGACAUCACCCGGACCAUGUGAAGGCGCUCGUGCUGCUUGGAGACAUCUAUAUUAAUUCUGUUAAAGAUUUGGAUGCGGCUGAGAGUUGUUACCGCCGCAUCCUGGAGCUGGAGGCGGACAACGUGCAGGCGCUGCACAACCUGUGCGUGGUGGCGGUGGAGCGCGGCGCGCUGGCGGCGGCCGAGGAGUGCCUGGCGCGCGCCGCGGGGCUGGCGCCGCACGAGCACUACAUCCAGCGGCACCUGGGCGUGGUGCGCGCGCGCCGCGCCGCCGCCGCGCCCGCCGCGCCCGCCGCGCCCCCGGGCGAGGUGCGCGCGCGCUGGAACUACAUCCCGCAGCAGCCGCCCGACCCCCACGAGACCGACGACUCAUAGCCUAUACGAUCCUAGACGCGGACCUCCACAUGGAACUGUACAUAAAUGCUUAGGAAUAUCUUCUUCGAACACCAAAAUAAACGAACGGCCAGUCGCGAUUUUAUCUGCCUAUCGAUUAUUUUUAUAAUUUCUUCGAACAAUCAGGGUAUUACCUUCUAUCUCAGUCGGGCAUAAUGUAUUGUAUUUCACCUUACUGUCGCUUGAUUUAGAUCGUUUCCCUUUAAAAGAUAUCUUACCACAUUACUGCAUAUUUUAUGUAUGUAUAGGUUUCGUAACGGUACUGAGCGAAGUGUUUACGCCAAACGAUAUGAUAAAAUUAUUGAUCUCGUAGGUAACAACUUAAUUUGCAUACGGCGUUUCGUGAUAUUAGUUAAAGACAUCAGUAAUUAUAAUUGUGUAUGCCAUAUAUAAUAGGUACCUAUUAUGUAGAAUAUGUUUCAACGAGCUUUUGUCAUUAGCCCGGUAUACGGAAUGUACGGACAAUUACAAUACUUGUGUAUAAAAAAGGAAAUAGCGUAAUGGAAUGUAUAAAAAUGUUUCCAGUAAAAUUAUCGUCUAAGUUUUUCUAGUCACAAUAUUCGUUUGAAUAAAAAAUCUGUUUCGUUAUAUACUAGUUAGAAAUAUGAAAUACAUUGCAUUGUACAUUAAAUUAACUUUGAAUACGACCCCGUGCUUCGAUUAGGCGUUGGGAGUAGCACUAGCGAGAGGCCCCGCAUAACCGCCAAACCAUUUAAAAUAAAGUAUCAUGAUUAUACGAUAUCUAGCUGAACAACAUUUUACUGAACGAUCACCUUUACUGUCAAUACGCAUAUUCACCGUCCAGAAGAGACUUGGGAACGUUGUCAGUGAGCACCGUGGGAAAUGAUGGCCAUCGGCAGACAUACAGAAAAGCGAACAAAUUAUUUUCAGUUUGUCUUCGAAAUUAAUCUGUGCCACUUGUUUUUCUUAUUCCAUUAUUUUAAUAACUUCUACUCUAAACACAUUGCUGUCAAGUGUUAUUGUAAAUAGCAUUAAAUAUUUUCAUAAAAUUUAAUAAAGGUUUAUUUUUGUUUAUUUGGAUCACUGGUUUUUUCUCCACACAGAGUGCCUAAGUACCUAAGUUAGUACCUAUAUAUUUUAUAUGCCUUUAUUAUUUGAUUGAUUAUAGUAACUUUAAGGUAGGACAGCAGUGUGGGUAGACUUUAGUUUUUAAUAAUGUAUGUAUGUAUUGUCUCAUCCAAUGUGUAUGCUGGAUGAACAUUUGAACAAAAUAUAUUAUUUUCUUAUUCAUUAAAGUUAUUAAGAAGAAAGUGAUCGACCGUUAUUAGAAUUAGAUGUGAAAAAAUGUAAUGUUGUUAAUGUUUUAAGAUAAAAAGUAACUUUUGUAAAAACUGAAUUUUUUACAAUGUCUUGAAACAUUUCUUGUGGGAACUCUGUUAUGAGUUGAAUUCGUAAGGACCCCGAAUAUUGUAACUAUUUGUCGUCAAAACGUUUAUUUUUAUAAAAUAAAAUGUUUCAAAUGAU